CUCUAUUAUAUAGAUAUUUGUUCAAUCAAAUUGAGAUUUCAAAAUUUUAAAACCCUAACACCACCAGAGUUCUCCCUUGAUUGAAUGAAUACAUAAAUCGGAGCUCCGACUGAAGAUCGAAAAUCAUAACGGUGGUGGGCAUGGCGGAUGCUUCCUCGUUAGAAGAAGAAGAAGUAGAGAAAUUAGAAAAAGAAGUGAAAGAAAUGUGUGAGAAAAUAAGUGAAUACAGAGACAGUAUGCCACAUCGCCUUCACACCACUCUCUCCUCUUUCCUUUCUUCUUCACCUCCAAUUACUAAUACUGAUCUCGUUCCUUCUUCUUCCACCAAUCCCAUUUCAGAGGAGAAUGGGGCAUUGGUAGAAGCUGAUCCAACUCAUGCCGACAAAAUACAAACUAUUAAACACAAGAUUUCUAACAAUGCUUCGAUGACGUCUUCACUUUUGACGAGAAUGAAAGAUUGUAUGUCCAGAAUCGACAAACUGUACUCAUUCAACAAUGGAAGUCAUCCUGCUUUUAAAAGAAGAAAGAUUGCCUCAUAACAUGGCUUCAUGUGAGGUACUUUACAUUUGUUAAUGUUUACUGUUUGUUGUACGAGUUUAUAUUGUUCUGCGCCAGUACUUUUUGGGCAUCUGAUAUCGUUACAAUGAUAUAUGAGUACUUGAUGGUUAUGCCUUUUUUUUUUUUAAUUACUGAUGUUACAUUUGUGCUGUCAUUACCCCCAAAAAUCGUGUAAUGGUAACAUUGUACUCUCUAGUGAAUGGAUAUGUUCUUUCUGAUUCAA